CAUGACAUUGCAUCCUUCACCCAUCACUUGUGAAUUUUUGUUUUCCACAGCUCUUAUUUCUCCAAAAAUGUGUUUGAGCCACUUGGAAAAUAUGCCUUUAAGUCAUUCAAGAACUCAAGGAGCUCAGAGAUCAUCCUGGAAGCUGUGGCUCUUUUGCUCAAUAGCUAUAUUCCUUUUUCUUUGCUCCUUCAGUUGGCUAAUCUUUAUUUUUCUCCAACUAGAGACUGCUAAAGAGCCCUGUAUGGCUAAGUUUGGACCAUUACCCUCAAAAUGGCAAAUGGCAUCUUCUCAACCUCCUUGCGUGAAUAAGGUGUCUGACUGGAAGCUGGAGAUACUUCAGAAUGGCUUAUAUUUAAUUUACGGUCAAGUGGCUCCCAAUGCAAACUACAAUGAUGUAGCUCCUUUUGAAGUACGGCUGUAUAAAAACAAAGACAUGAUACAAACUUUAACAAACAAAUCUAAAAUCCAGAAUGUAGGAGGGACUUAUGAAUUGCAUGUUGGGGAUACCAUAGACUUGAUAUUCAACUCUGAGUAUCAGGUUCUAAAAAAUAAUACCUACUGGGGUAUCAUUUUACUAGCAAAUCCCCAAUUCAUCUCCUAGAGACUUGAUUUGAUCCCAUUCCCUUCAGCACAUGCAGAGGUGCCAGUGGGUGGACUGGAGGGAGAAGAUUUUCAAUUUCUAGGGUCUGUCUGUCUACAAAAAUCAAUGCAAACAGAACUCCUCUGUAUGUGAAUUUUCAUCUAUCACGCCUAUCUGAACGAGACUCAGAGGAAGAGCCAAAGACUUUUGGUUGGAUCUGCAGAGAUACUUCAUUAAUCCAUGAUAAAAUGAAUAUGGAUGACAGAGGACAUGUGCUUUUCAAAGAAUCUCUGUCUAAAUCUUGAAUUCGUGAGUGGAAAAAUGGAGUUCUAUUCCUUUGGAAGUUUUACCUGGUAUGCAAAAAGGAUCUGGGACAGUAGCCUGACUUUGUUCUCAUAUUCUUGGGCUGCUCUAAUUCAUUCUUCUCAUACUCCCGUCUUUUGAGGUCCUCCUAAUAGAAAGUAGACUGAUAGGAUGGCCACAGAUAUGCCUACCAUACCCUAUUUAGAUAUGGUGGUGUUAGAAGAUAAAGAACACUCUGAGAACUAUUGGAAUAGAGGUACAAGUGGCAUAAAAUGGAAUGUACGCUAUCUGGAAAUUUCUCUUUGUUUUAUCUUCCUCAGGGUGCAUGGUGCUUUAAAAAGCCUUAACAAGGAGUCAUUCCGAACCCUCACGUAGAGCUCUGUGAGAACUUACUGUUGGUGUGUGUGUUUAAACAUUGCUAAUUGUAAAGAAAGAGUAACCAUUAGUAAUCAUUAGGUUUAACCCCAGAAUGGUAUUACCAUUACUGGAUUAUGUCAUAUAAUGAUUUAGUAUUUUUAGCUAGCUUUCCACAGUUUGCAAAGUGCUUUCAUAUAACAGGUAGCAAUUCUAUGAAGUUAAUUGGGCAGGCAUUUGGGGGAAAUUUUAGUGAUGAGAAUGUGGUAGCAUAGCAUAGCCAACUUGCCUCAAAUCAUAGGACAAGUGACUACAAGAGGCAAUGGGUUGUCCACUGCAUUGCACUGUUUCAGCUUUAGAAUUGUUACUUCUGCUAUUGUGUUAUAAGACUCUAAAAUUUAGCAAAGUAACUUUUCAAGAAGCGUAUUCCCCUUUAGCCCAAGGUGAGCAGAGUGAAGCUACAACAGAUCUUUCCUUUACCAGCAAACUUUUUUUUUUUUUUUUUUUUUUUUUUCCCUGCCUGGAUCAGGGAAACCCAGGAUGCUGCUCAGGCCUUAUACCAACCAAAUUCCCCUCUUCACUUUGCAGAGCCCAUCUUAGUAAUCUUACUCAAAUGCGCUAACUUCUAAAAAUAAUAAAUAGCACUAAUUCAAAAUUUUGGGGCUCUUAAAUUAGCUACUUGCAGGUUCUUGUUGAAAGGUAUGUAUUGCAUUGUAAACAAAUUUAAAAUAUUUAUGGGUAUUGUGAAAAGCUGAAUUAUGUUAAAUAAUAUUACAUGUAAAGCU